UGAUCCGUAUGAGAUUAAUGAUGGGUUGGGUUUCAGUGUCAUCCUUAAUCAUCUUCCUCUACUUCCUACUUCAUUUUCCUUCCUACAAUUGUUUGUUGUGCAAUCCUCAUGACAAAUCUGCAUUGUUACAACUCAAAAACUCAUUUUUUGUCAACUCUUCCUUUCAGUUUCUUUUGGAGUAUGAUCAUUGUUCCUCCUCACAUUCUUCAGAGACAGAAUCUUGGAAAAACAUAACAGAUUGUUGUGGGUGGGAUGGGAUCACGUGCGACACCAAGUCAGGCCAUGUGAUUGGUCUCCAUCUUUAUUGCAGUCAUCUUAGAGAUCUCUCAUGGAACCAGUUUGAAGGAGUGAUACCUACAAGUGCACAGUUAGCUACAUUUUCAAAUGAUUCUUUUGCUGGAAAUUUAAAGUUGUGUGGAAUCCCUUUGUCAAAUGCCUGCAACGAGGAUAACAAAAGGCUACCAAAUUCAACACUUGGCAAAGAAAAAUCAAGAUUUGGGUGGAAACCCGUUGUAACCGGAUAUGUCUGUGGGAUGAUCUAUGGAAUAGCAUUGGCUUAUAAUGCAUUCUUCAUUAGAAAACCCCAAUGGCUUAUAAGACUUGUUAACGUUGUGUUAAAUGUGAAACUGAUAAAAACAAACAACAGAAACCGUGUAACUAGAUGAUGAAGAAAUUAGUUUAGUGAGCUUUUGUUUUAAUUAUGUGUUUAAGGGUUUGUUGAUUUUUAUUUUUUUUGGUAAAGCUUGUUUGCAUAUGGAAUGAAAUCUCAUCUGUUAUAACA